ACUUCGACCCUCCCGCUCAGAACGGCGGCGGCGGCUCUCCUCGCUCCCCACCCGCUGCAGUUUGACGGGCGUGGCCAGCCCCAUGACUCUCUGAGGGGACACGCCCCACCGUGGCCCAUGCGCUCUACCCGUUUCCCUCCCUGUCCUCCUCGCCCCUCAAGCUGACGCAAAACCCCAGACACCUCCCUCCCCUCCCCCACCCCCACCCCCACCCCGUCCCCAGCGACUCGCCGCCGCCGGCCAUGGCGCCCGGCACGGAGACGGUGCACUACAUCCACCUGCACAACUCCAGCCAGUCAGUGCUGGAGGCCCUGCGCACGCAGCGGCGUGAGGGCCUCUUCUGCGACGUGACCGUGCGCAUCCACGACGCCUCGCUGCGCGCGCACGCCUGCGUCCUAGCGGCCGGCAGCCCUUUCUUCCAGGACAAGCUGCUGCUGGGCCACUCUGAGAUCUCGGUGCCGCCGCUGGUGCCAGCGGAGACCGUGAAGCAGCUGGUGGACUUCAUGUACAGCGGAUCGCUGGUCGUGCUGCAGUCCCAGGCGCUCUGCAUCCUGACCGCCGCCAGCAUCCUGCAGAUCAAGACCGUCAUCGACGAGUGCACUCAGAUCAUCUCGCAGAGGAAGGCGGCGGCGGGGGCGGCGAGUGCAGCUGCUGCCGCUGCUGCUGCUGCAGCGGCGGCGGCAGCUGCAGCCACAGCCACAGGAGGGGGGAUGCAUGGAGGAGUGCUCCCCAAACAAGAGGAGCGUGGCGGGGGCAAAGGAAGGGAAAGCAGUGGCAGCUGUUCAGGCGGAGGCGGCAUGAGCGGGGGCUACCCGAACUUCUCUAACUUCAUGGUGGACUGCGCAGCGGCCUUGGGCGGCAACAUCAGUGUAAGCGAGAGCGGGCCCGGCCCCAUGGAGCAAGCCAACAAUCUAAUGGAGCUGGGCGACAUGGGCCCCGGGCCCCUGUGUGACGGCGACGGGCUGGGACCGGGAGCGGGGUCCAUCCUGAUGAAGCAGAGCCCCAGCUGCACUCAGGACGUCCGCUACAAGCUCCGGGAUCUGUUGGCGCAGACGGCCAACGGCGCCGCCAGCACCGGCAGCCUCUCGGCGAGCUGCAGCUCCGGCGUGGGCAGCGUGGACAGCAUCGGCAGGGACAGUCUGCGCGGCAACGCCACCGACCUCUCCGACGAGCUGGUGGGGAUGGAGCGCUUCAGCGAGGAGGAGGACUUGGACGCCAGAGAGCGAGGGAGAGACGGCGGCGACCGAGACAGGGGGGCGAGCCACAGCCGCAAGCAGAGGCAGCCGCUCAGACUCCAGGUGCUGGGAGGAGGCGAGGGCGUGGUGGUGAAAGAUGAAGGCGCUCAGGACGCCGACGGGACGGCCUUCGCCUUGGAGGACGGGAGACGGGACGGAGAGCAGGGCGGCCCCCCGGGACACAUGGCGGGCUUCGGACAGGACUUCUACGACGACCAAGGAGUGUUCACCGAGAGUUUCUGGCCGCAGAGCGAGCCUCCUCAGGCCAUGGCCUUUAACCCCAGAGGACGGGGCAACAAGCCUCUGACUCCGCCUCCAACCUCGCAGUCCAUCAACAACCAGCUUCUUUUCCAGUACCCAGUGAGCCAGUCGCAGCCGCCAUUCUACGUGGGUGGGCACAUGGGGGGGAUGGACACCAUGGCGGGGACGGAACCUAACCAACAGGUUCCGCCCCCGGCUCCCAUGACGCCGGUGCCGCCCCCCACCAACACCGCCGCCCUCUCUUCGGGCCCCUCUCCUUCCUCCCAAGGAUCCGAGACCUCGUUUGACUGCACGCACUGUGGCAAAUCGCUACGUUCCAGGAAGAACUACAGCAAGCACAUGUUCAUCCACUCCGGUCAGAAGCCCCACCAGUGCUCCAUCUGCUGGCGCUCCUUCUCGCUGCGUGACUACCUCCUCAAACACAUGGUGGUGCACACAGGCGUGCGGGCCUUCCAGUGCUCCAUGUGCGGCAAGCGCUUCACCCAGAAGAGCUCGCUCAACGUGCAUAUGCGCACGCACCGGGCCGAGCGCACCUUCCAGUGCGCCGUGUGCCACCGGGCCUUCACCCACCGCACCUUGCUGGAGCGCCACGCCCUGCAGCACGCGCCCCAGGCCCAGGGGCGCGGCGCCGACAUGACCUCGCCCGCCAAGCACAGUCCCCCCAUGGGGGGGCCCUCAGGUAUGGCCGGGGCGGCCGGCAUGGCGAGCAUGCCGGGCCACGGCGCCUCCUCCACCUAGAGCCGAUGGGGAAGGGAGGGGGUGGGUGGGCGGGCUAGUAGAGGUAGGUAGGCCGCCAUUGGGCCUCUUUUACCGCGUCAAAACGGUGCAAAAAUCAGGGCGCUUAAAAAACACGAGGGUGGUGUCUUUGCACAUGCGUGGACUCCGUUGUCUGUACUUGACAUAGGGCUGGGCGAUACGGCUGAAAACUGUAUCACGAUAUCGGCGUUUCAUAUCACUCGAUCUUGAUAAUUGUUGAUAUUUUUAUGAGCCGGGGAAAUAUAACUUUCCUCUGAUCAUAAUCCCCUCAGCCUUCAAGGCAGAAAGGAAAUGUCAACACAAGCAUGGAAAACAAACAAACAAUCAAUUUCAACUAGGGAUGCACCGAAAUGAAAAUUUGUGGCCGAAGCCGAAUAAUGAAUGCAGUUUUUCACUUUUUUUUUUUAUAUUGCAUAAAUAGCCGAGAAUAAAUAUUUAGACAUGUUUUUCAAAUAAAGUAAUUUUUUAUUGAAUAUUGACAUUUUUUUUAAUAUCCUUUUUUUAAAAGCCUUUGCUUUUCAAAAAAAGCACAAUUUUUCAUUUAUAUUAGGCCUUCAAACAAAACAUGCAUUCCAAAAAAAAAAAAUAAAGUGCAUUAAAGUGGAUAAACCAACAACAAAUGAAUUAUUGUCCUUUUGGCAAAAGUCUGCUUAGCCACAGUAGAUAUGCUAAUAAUGUAAACAGAAGGCUCAAGUAAAUCUCAAUUAAGUGUGUGCUUGUAACCUCAUACACUUAUACAGGUAGCCUACACAACAGGCUAAUAAUGUAAACAGAGGCCCCACUAAAUCUCAAUUAAGUGUGUGCUUGUAACCUCAUACACUUAUACAGGUACACAACAUAUCCCAACGUCACUGCACGUUGGUUGAUUGCGUCACCGCGUCAAAAAAUUGCGUCACACGCCACUAUUCGGCCUUGUUUUUAACUCAUUCCACCGAAGGCCGAAUGUGGCUUUUUUUGCCAUAUUCGGCCGAAUGUAUUCGGUUACCGAUUAAUCGGUGCAUCCCUAGUUUCAACCAAAUAGUAAAAUCCCUUUGAACAUUAAACAAUAAGCUCUUAAAAAUAAGGAAUAUGUAAGAAAUGCUUCAUAAAGUGUAAGAAAAUAAUGCAAAGUGGGAAAACGUAAACAGAGAAGAACCAUUUUUUGCAGGUUUAGUGGCAAGAAAUUACAGCUGUGCUCUAAAGGGUGAGCGCGGCUAAGGUGGUGCCUUGCAUCAUUUCAGACCACAUUGGUCUGACUACGGUCCUUUUGCAAACAUCCCAAAAAAAACUGUCCAGGUGACUUUUCGUCCACAAUUUCUUCAUUUCGACGUCCUCUUCCCACUGCAUGCACAGGAAUCUAGCAAACCUGAUAGUUGAAACUGUCACCUGAUUGGCUGUUAGUGUCAUGUGAUCACUUCCUGCGUUGCUCGUUUACCAGAGAGCCAGCGCCUUUACUCCCGUACUUGUGUUUUCUUCACAUGAAGAACCAAUAAUGAUCGAACGUUUCAUCAAACACGUUUUCAUUGAUACCGAUUACGUGUCUAUCGGGAUAUAUUUUGAUAUCCUUUUAUCGCCCAGCCCUACUUAGGGCUUGAAAUACCGCGUGGUUUUGCAAUGCAUUGUGGGGGCUGGACAGAUAUAUUUGUUGGAUAAAGGCUUUGUUUAUAAGGUGAAAGCGAGCAAAAAAUAUAUAAAUAAAUACAGUGUAAGCCUAGGCCCCUGGAGAGGGCGUCCAGACUGAGGUCAAGGGAACAAACAACUCAUAACCAUAGCACACAUCCCUCUUACACACAUGUAAGAACAUCAAAGAACACAAGAGCAGAGCGGAUGCAACCAGCCACUUCUGCAUAAAAAGUAAAAUAAACAUAUACACUGUGGUGGCUUCUGCGGUGUUCCAUGCCAUCGUCUGCUGGGGUGGAGGGUGCAUGGCCAGAGACCGGAGAGAACCGACCCCACUCUCGGCCGCCCACUAACUGGGCCAGUGUCCAGUCCAACAUCCUUCUAAAUGCUCGGUGGGAAACAGAACAAAAGAUGCUUUGGUUCCAAACUUAGCAGCGUGAACCUGCCGUGAACACACCAGCAUGUUCCAGGUGACUGUGUUAAAAGUCAUGUUUGAUGGUCCAGGCUCAAACUAACCCUUUGCUUUCUCGCUGGAAGUGAGAAAAAUCUCACCCUAAAUUGUGGUUAGAGUGUCUGCCCUGAGAUCGGUGAGUCGUGAGUUCAAACCCCGGCUGAGUCAUACCAAAGACUAUAAAAAUGGGGCCCAUUACCUCCCUGCUUGGCACUCCGCAUCAAGGGUUGGAAUUGGGGGUUAAACCAGCAAAAAUGAUUCCCGAGUGUGUGUGACUAUCAGUGGUAAUUUAAGGCUGUUAACGAUGCCGCACGUCGGCGCCAUGUUGGGAUCUCGUUCAAGAACAAAACCGAAAGCAUUCAACCUUGUAAAUAGGCGAGUCAGAGUCCAGCAAGACCCACAAUGCCUUGCUUUUCAAGCCCUAACGAGUGCGCACCGAGAGUAGCUUUUAUGCGCGCAGAUUUUGAGAACAGUUUUGACGCCCUACCCACGCCCCGGUUCCCGCCGUCCGGCUAGGAUCCUAGAACUUUCAAACGGGGCUCCCACAAGGCCGCUUUGGAACCCGCACAACUCCCCAGAACCGUAUUUCCUCCCAGGACCUCAGCGUUCUGCCGUCACUCUACUGAGCCUCCGCGCGGCCGACACUCUCAGUAUUAAGCUAUACUUGAACGUUGCCGAUGGGGCGCCGGUGUGGGAGCGCCGCUUAAAAGAGGAUCCACUUGCAUACUCGCUGUGGUCUUCUGAGUACACACUUUAAGUGCACUGACAGUAAAGCAGUAUUGUUCUCAUGACAGUGUGUGCGGUGAUGGUCGCCUUCUUGGCUAAGUAGCGGAAUGUUGAUGGGGAGUAAGGACGUCAUGACAGGAAUGGAUUUGGGACAGAAAUCUGUAGAUACCAAGGCUGUGAAUCUUUGGGCUUCUAACAACACCUGGAGUGACCAUUCGAUACAGAAUCCAUUCAAACCAAUUCUAAAAAAAAAACAUCUGAUAAAACUGGCAGCUCAGUCGCAAUCAUUUUACCGUAACG